AUGCCACUGCUAGGAAUAAAAAUCCUAGCAGACUUCUUAAGAAUAGAUAACUUGCGCCCCAAGUUACUGAUUUCUAAACAAGCGAUUGCGAAUUUGGGUGAGGAAUAUCUCCCAAAAUUGUGGCCUCUUCAGUCUGAAGGGGGCAGAAGUGGCUGGACUUGUGGAUUACUGAGCCGGAACUGUACUGUGGUACCUGUUCUGCUUGGUCAGGGCUCUCCAUAA